AUGUUUUCACGUGACGCAUACAGGAAACAAUCCGGAGGAAAACAAGCGCCGCGGUGUUGCCGAGCUGUUCACAGAGGCUUCAUUAAACCAUUGUAUUAUGUGAGCCAUUACAACGCUUGGAGCACCAAUAGAAAUGAAGCUACUCUACGCCAGCAGGUGCACCUUUCAUACCCAGGAGUCCCUGGUUCUAUGGAGGUGACCUGGACAACCUUCAACAGCACCAACAGUACUGUGGAGUACGGGCUUCUGGGAGCCCGGCUCUUCGACACCUCUGUCCAAGGAAUGAGCACUUUAUUUGUGGAUUCUGGAGAUGAGAAAAGAGCCAUGUACAUCCACAGAGUCGUCCUCAGUGGCCUCAAACCAGCAUCCACCUAUGUGUACCACUGUGGCAGCGACGAGGGCUGGAGCGAGGUGUUCUACUUUACAGCUCUGAAUGACAGCCUCCUCUUCAGCCCAAAGUUUGCCCUGUACGGUGACCUAGGCAACGAGAACCCACAGUCACUGGCCCGGCUGCAGAAGGAGACUCAGCGGGGGAUGUAUGACGUCAUUCUGCACAUAGGUGACUUUGCCUACGACAUGCACGAGGACAACGGCAGGAUCGGGGACGAGUUCAUGAGACAGAUCCAGGCCAUCGCAGCCUACGUGCCUUACAUGACCUGUCCCGGCAACCACGAGGCGACAUAUAAUUUCUCCAACUACAGAAACCGCUUCAGUAUGCCAGGCCAGACGGAGGGCCUCUGGUACAGCUGGAACCUGGGGACAGUGCACUUCAUCUCAGUCUCCACUGAGGUUUAUUUCUACCUGGAAUUCGGACUGGACCUCCUUUUCAGGCAGUUUGCGUGGCUCAAGCAGGAUCUGGAGGAGGCAAACCGGCCGGAGAACAGAGCAGCGCGUCCGUGGGUCGUUACGAUGGGACACAGGCCGAUGUACUGCUCAGACGACGACCAAGACGACUGCACUCGCUUUGACUCUUAUGUGCGAUUGGGACGCAAUGACACCAGACCACCUGCUCCGGGCCUGGAGGAUCUCUUCUACCAUUACGGAGUAGAUUUGGAGUUAUGGGCACAUGAGCACACAUAUGAGAGACUUUGGCCCGUGUACAAAGACAAGGUGUACAACGGGAGCACAGAGCACCCAUAUGUGAACCCGAAAGCUCCUGUUCACAUCAUCACCGGUUCAGCUGGCUGCAGAGAGAGGACCGACAGGUUUAACCCUCACCCCAAAGACUGGAGCGCUUUUCGAAGCACUGACUACGGCUACACGCGCAUGCAAGCGGUCAACGCCACACACCUGUACCUCGAGCAGGUCUCUGAUGACCAGGAUGGAAAGGUGAUUGACAGUAUCUGGCUGCUCAAAGACAAACACGGACCCUCGGCCUGGCUGUAA